UAAUUCUGUGGCUGUAUCUUUGCACUAGCCACAUGAGCAUGGGCCAGUUUUUCAAGCCCCACUCCCCUCGGCUGCCCUCUCGAAAACCCACAAACCCAGAAUUUCAUCCGACUUCAACGUAUCGACGCCAAAACCACCGACCAGCAACCAGCAAAAAUCGGAAAAGAUGGCCAAGGAAGCACCUGCCCGGACCGGCCUCGCCGUCGGCGUCAACAGCGGUCAUAAAACCACCCCCCGCGUCUCCAAGCCUAGAAUCUCCAGGUCCAAGGGACGCCUGAGCAAGCGCACUGCCUUCGUCCGUGAAAUCGUCAAGGAGGUCGCUGGUCUUGCCCCUUACGAGCGCCGAGUCAUCGAAUUGCUUCGCAACAGCAGGGACAAGCGGGCACGGAAGCUGGCCAAGAAGAGGCUCGGAACUUUCGGUCGUGCGAAGGCGAAGGUCGACGAGCUCCAGCGUGUCAUCGCUGAGUCCCGCAGGGCAGGCCACUAAAUGUUCCGGGAUCGGUGUUGAUUGCUUCGGUCAGGCAUUCUUCGGCGCGGUACAUUAUAUCUCGUCAUGGCUUGAGGAUGGGGGAAAAUCGCGGGUUUCUGCCUAGUUGUCUCAUAACCAAAAAUUCUGAACCAAAUGAGAAAAUACCAUCCUACAAAGCUCCCACU